AUGACAACUUUUAGGUUCUGUAGGGAUUGUAACAAUAUGCUUUAUCCAAGAGAAGACAAGGAUAAUCAGCGGCUACUGUUCGAAUGUCGUACAUGCACGUAUGCCGAAGAGGCUGGGACACCUCUUGUGUAUAGACACGAGUUGAUAACGAAUAUUGGUGAGACUGCCGGGGUAGUACAGGAUAUCGGAUCUGACCCCACACUUCCGCGGUCAGACAGAGAAUGUCCUAGGUGCCAUUCUCAUGAGAAUGUGUUUUUCCAAUCGCAGCAACGGCGUAAAGACACUUCGAUGGUGUUAUUCUAUGUGUGUCUUGGUUGUUCGCACAUUUUCACAAGUGACCAAAAGAACAAAAGAACUGCGUUUAGUUGA